AUCUGGAAGGAUAAAUGGGAAAGAAAGAGUGGGCUGGGCAAUAGUAGCAGGGACCGAUCAAGGUAAGCACCCCCUCCAGACCCCAUCAUCUGGGGUUCGUGCACUGAGUAGCUGAGCCUCACAUCUGGAGCAGCAGGACCUCAGACUCCGGAUGCUGAGUCUGCUGGUGCUGGCACUGCCCCUCCUGCUGAGCCUGGGCCACGCGGCCCCUGCCCCAAGCCAGGACCUGGAGAGAGUGGGUAUCGUCGGGGGGCAGGAGGCCCCUGAAGGCAAGUGGCCCUGGCAGGUGAGCCUGAGACUCAAACUCCAUUACUGGAUACACUUCUGCGGGGGCUCCCUCAUCCACCCCCAGUGGGUGCUGACCGCUGCGCACUGCCUGGGACCGGACAUCAAAGAUCCCUCAGUGCUGAGGGUGCAGCUGCGGGAGCAGCACCUCUAUUACCAGGACAAGCUGCUGCCCGUCAACCGGGUCAUCGUGCACCCCAACUACUUCUCAUUUGCGAACGGGGCAGACAUCGCGCUGCUGGAGCUCGACGACCCCGUGAGCACUAAGCACAUCGCCCAGCUGGUCGCUCUGCCCCCUGCCUCGGAGACCUUCCCCCCGGGGACCCCGUGCUGGGUGACAGGCUGGGGUGAUGUGCGCGAUGGAGUACCCCUCCCACCGCCGUACCCCCUGAAGCAGGUGAAGGUCCCCAUCGUGGAAAACAGUGUUUGUGACGCGGAAUACCACACCGGCCUCUACACGGGGGACAACGUGCAGAUCGUCCGUAACGACAUGAUCUGUGCCAGGGCCAAGAAGAAGGACGCCUGCCAGGGCGACUCUGGAGGGCCCCUGGUCUGCAAGGUCAACGGCACCUGGAUGCAGGCGGGUGUGGUCAGCUGGGGUGAGGGCUGCGGCCAACCCAACAAGCCCGGCAUCUACACCCGCGUCACCUACUACCUGGACUGGAUCCACCAGUACGUCCCCGAGGAGCCCUGAGCCUGUCCCUCGGGCUGCCACCCAGCCCCCUCCUGUCCCUGACCACUGCUUCCUGCCCAGCUGUCUGCCCUUUCCACCUCUCCUGCCCCCUGCCCUCUGCCCUGAGCUCCCCCAGCCCAGGGAGUGGGUGGUGGGCACUGCCCCUCAUUAAAGUGUGUGAAGAGCA